AUGAAGCUGCUUUCAAUUGCUUUUCUGUCAGCUUUGGCAGCCGCGGCAUCAUCCUCUCCUCUUGUCACAAUCAAUGCUGGCACAGUCCAGGGUGGGAGAUGUGAAAAUGGUAAAGAUGCAGUAUUCUUCAAGUCAAUCCCCUUUGCCGAGCCCCCAGUCAACGAAUUACGCUUUGAGCCCCCCAAAGCCUACAAAAAGCAAUAUUCUCAGGGCAAACUGAAUGCAACCACUUCGGCCCCCACCUGCAUUCAGUUCUCGGAUGAUUUUACUGAGAAGAUAUUGAAUACAACUGCACUUUCGUCUGAAGACUGCCUUUACUUGGAUAUUUGGGCGCCAUCUACCGCAACUCAAGAUUCAAAGCUUCCCGUUAAAGUCUGGGUUUACGGUGGAUCUGAAACAGAGGGUUCGGUCUCGGACCCCCUCUAUGAUGGCUGUAACACUGCAGAGGCAGGAUCCAUUCUUGUCUCGAUCAACUACCGGCUCGGUCCCCUUGGAUUUAUGGCCCUUGAAACUGCUGGAAUACAUGGUAACCAGGGCAUUCAAGAUCUUAUUCUGGGAUUAGAAUGGGUUCAAGAGAAUAUCGCGGCCUUUGGUGGAGACCCUAAAAAGGUCGUUCUUUUUGGACAAUCAGCUGGCGCUGAGAACGUGUAUAUCAUUGGUUCUCUUCCUCGAGCACCUUCUUUGAUCAAUGGUAUCAUCUCUGAAUCGGGUGGUGGUAGGACCCUUACCGCAAACUCAACGCAGCAAAAGGUUGGCGCAUCAUUCGCUCGAAUACUCAAAUGCAAUUCUAGUGAUAAAGCCUGUCUUCAAUCAAAGACAAUUUCUGACUUCUAUAUCGCGUACCCAGCCGAUAAAUACUUGACGCAGGGAAUUGGAUACUAUGGAGGGGGUACUCUCAGUGUCCUGGGUCAAGGAACUCACAAUUUCUACCCCUAUGUGGAUGGCAAUACUAUUGACGAAGACCCCUACACCCGUGGAGUGCAAGUUCCAGCCGUCUUUGGAUCCAAUUCUGAUGAGGCUAUUGUUUAUACAUUCUUGUGGGCCGUCAAGUCUAAACAAAUUCCAACGGCAUCGUUAUACCAAGACUUUCUUCGCAAAAAUUUUGGCAACGCCGCCUCGCUUGUUGGCAAAUAUUAUAGGCCAUCUUUAUUCAAAUCAAAGGCUGAAGUUCUUCUUAAGUCUGUCAGUCAGCUUUCCCAGGCUGGCUACAACACGACUUCGGCCGAAAUCUUUUUGGCUAUGACAAAUGUCAUAACCGAUUCCACCUACAGGUGCCCUGCAUGGCAUGGUGCUGCGCAAGCGUCUCGCAAUAAUAUCCCAGCGUGGACAUACGAAUUCGCCCACAGUUCUACUUGUCCUUGGCUGUACUCAUUUAAUGAUACUGACGUCAGCUUAUUCGCGGCCUCCCACACUGCUGAAAUUCCCUUUGUCUUCGGUAAUCUAGACAAUUCAUAUCUUCCCAGUGGGGAUUGCAAUUCUACAUCUGCUGAAUGGAAACUGGGCGGCCAGAUGAUGAACUUAUGGACUGAAAUGGCAGGAAAUGGCAAGCCAUCAACUAAAGAGAUUGAUUGGCCACAAUUCAAGAAUGAGGGGAAGAAUCUUACGACUCCAGGGUUAAUCUUCGAUAACUCAGCGUCUUCUGGUACAAUAGAUUACACUGGAUGUGAUCUAUGGGUUCAAGUCAAUGAAAUUCUCUCAGCAAGCAAUAUUACAGCGUCAGGGACACCAACAACGGUCACUGGAAAGUCGACAACUUCACCAUCAUCCAUUCAAUUCAAUGGUGCAAUCACCCUGCUCCCAAAAAUUGAGGGCUAUCUUGCUUUGACUAUACUUCUCAUGGGGUUCACUGCACUUUGA